CUCUUGUUUGUUUGUCGAUCUUUGGAAGCGUCGUCGUCACGCUGUUGCCACGUCAGGAUUCGUCACCACAACAGGAAACAUGGCGGCGUCUGUGCGGGAGAAGCAGACAGUCGCUCUGAGGCGGAUGCUGAACUUCAACACCCCUCCUUUGAAGAACAAUGCGGCCGAGCCCGUAUGGAAGGUUCUGAUUUACGACCGGUUCGGUCAGGACAUCAUCUCCCCCCUGCUGUCCGUCAAGGAGCUGCGGGACAUGGGCAUCACCCUGCAUCUGCUGCUUCACUCGGACAGAGAUCCCAUCCCAGACGUUCCUGCCAUCUACUUCCUCAUGCCCACGGAGGAGAACAUUGACAGGAUCUGUCAGGACCUGAGGAACCAGCUGUAUGAGUCCUACUACCUGAACUUCAUCUCUGCCAUCAGCAGGAGUAAACUGGAGGACAUCGCCAGCGCCGCUCUGGCCGCGAACGUCGUCAGUCAGGUCACCAAGGUGUUUGACCAGUACCUGAACUUCAUCACCCUGGAAGACGAGAUGUUCAUCCUCUGCCACCAGAACAAAGAGCUCAUCUCGUAUCACGCCAUCAACAGAGCAGACAUCCAGGACACGGACAUGGAGGCCAUCAUGGACUCCAUCGUGGACAGCCUCUUUUGCUUCUUCGUGACUCUGGGUGCUGUGCCCAUCAUCCGCUGCCCUCGAGGAAAUGCCGCAGAGAUGGUUGCCGUGAAGCUGGAUAAGAAGCUUCGGGAGAACCUGCGUGACGCCAGGAACAGCCUCUUUACUGGAGACAGUAUGAGUGCGGGACAGUUCAGCUUCCAGAGGCCCCUCUUUGUGUUGGCUGAUCGCAACAUGGACAUGGCCACGCCCCUACAUCACUCCUGGACCUAUCAGGCGCUGAUCCACGAUGUGCUGGACUUUCACCUGAACCGGGUGGUGAUGGAGGAGGGCAGCAGCAUGGAGCCGUCACCAGGCGGCGCCAGACCAAAAAAGAAGAGCAAAAAGAGCUACGACCUCACUGCAGCCGACAAGUUCUGGCAGAAACACAAGGGCAGUCCGUUUCCAGAGGUGGCCGAGUCCGUUCAGGAGGAGCUGGACUCCUACAGAGCCCAGGAGGACGAGGUCAAACACCUGAAGAGCAUCAUGGGUUUGGAGGGCGAGGAUGAAGGAGCCAUCAGCAUGCUGUCCGACAACACGGCCAAGCUCACCUCAGCGGUCAGCUCUUUGCCUGAACUGUUGGAGAAGAAGAGGCUGAUUGACCUUCACACCAACGUUGCAACGGCAGUGCUGGACCACAUCAAGAGCCGGAAACUCGACGUUUACUUUGAGUAUGAAGAGAAGCUGCUGAGCAAAUCCAACUUAGACAAGUCUCUGCUGGACAUCAUCACCGACCCUGAUGCUGGGACACCGGAGGACAAAAUGCGACUUUUCCUCAUCUACUACAUCACAGCUCAGCAGGCUCCCUCUGAGUUGGACUUGGAGCAGUACAGGAAGGCCUUGUUGGAUGCGGGCUGUGACCUCUCACCUCUCAACUACAUUAAACAGUGGAAAGCAUUCACCAAAAUGGCAAACCCUGCCAACUACGGAAACAGCGGGGUGAAACCCAUGGGUCUCUUCUCCAGAGUGAUGAACACCGGCUCCCAGUUUGUCAUGGAGGGCGUGAAGAACCUUGUGCUCAAACAGCACAACCUCCCGGUCACUCGGAUCCUGGACAACCUGAUGGAGAUGAAGUCUCAUCCUGAAACCGAUGACUAUCGAUACUUCGACCCGAAGAUGCUGCGGGGCAGCGAGAGCUCCGUUCCCAGAAACAAGAACCCUUUCCAGGAGGCCAUCGUCUUUGUGGUGGGAGGAGGAAACUACAUAGAGUACCAGAACCUUGUGGACUACACCAAGUCCAAACCGGGCAGGAAGGUCGUUUACGGCUGCAGCGAACUCUUCAACGCCGCUCAGUUCAUGAAGCAGCUCUCCCAGCUGGGACAGAAGUAACGAGACCUUCAGCACCUCCUCCGCUCCGCUCCUUAAUUCCUCUGUUUUAUAUCGGCUGUGUUCUGCAGAUCAACCUUUCUUCUGUAAAUUGUCUCCAUCCUCUGUACUAAUAAAGUUUAACCACCUCUUCAUCU